UAGUAGUUGUAGUUCCACUUGACGUCUACAUUCUAUGCGUGAGCGUAUAGUUUAAGCUCCACUUAAUCACUUGCAAAAAAUAAUACUUCUUUUAUUUUAUUUUAUUUAAGUAUAUUUUACCCUUUUUAAUUUCCUCUUAUAAAUAGUAUUAGCAUGCGCAAAUCUUUACCAACAUUACCAAGAUCCUCAUGACUCUGUCUCUUUGUUAAACCUACAAUCUACCCUUAAAACACGGAUCUUAUAGAUUCUUCUUUUUUAUUUUAUGUAAUAUCAUUCCUUACUUCACUCUAAAUUCUACUCAAAAAACAUUCACACUAUAUCCAAUUAUUAUUUUUUUGUGUCAGAAAUUAGAAAUAAAUCAGUGUAUAAUUAUCCUGAUACAUUUCUACUUCUGGGUGUGCCAAAUUUUUUGAAAUUUUUUUCUGGGUGUAUAAAUUUGAGCUGUUUUUUGUACUAUAAUCAACAAAAAGUUUGGAAAUGAUGGAUUUUGGGAAGUGGGUUUUUCUGGGUUUGGGAUUUUUUGGGACAUUAUUGGUUUUUGUUGAAGGUUUUGAUUAUACAAAUGUUAGUCACAUUUCAUUUUUAGAAUCUUAUGAAGUUACUGAUGCUCCUCAACCAUUAAUGGUUCCUCUUACUCUUAUUCAUGGAGCUGAUGCAAAAGGCGCUGUUUGCUUAGACGGAACAUUGCCUGCUUAUCAUUGGGAUCGUGGAUUUGGGUCAGGGGCCAACAGCUGGCUUAUUCAAUUAGAGGUGUGUAGUAAUUAGAUGGAUAAGUUGCAUCUAGCUUAGAUGUUCAU